UAGAGCAUAAUUUCCUUUCGUUUUCACUGACGAAUGUUAAUUUCGUUGUUUGGUUUGGUUGUAAUGGAAUGGGCUGGGUGGUUGACUAGGCGCCGGGUUGACCAAGGUUAUUGUAAGAGGUAUUCCUAAUGUCGGGAUUUGCGAAUGGAAGUAUAACUUUGGACGAGGAACGGGACGUUUAUUAUGCCGGUCAAGUACUGUCAGGAAAGCUUGAGUUUGGAAUCAAUCAGCCACUUCAGUUCAAGGCCAUCAACAUAGUGUUCCAUGGUGAAGCCAAUGUUUCUUGGGUGGAAACAGAGGUGGAGGAAUAUGACGGAGUGCGGAGUUACAAUAACAUACAAUAUGGCGGUGAAGAGGUGUUCUUCCAUGUAGAGCAAUGUGUUUGUGGAGGCGUUGGUGAAUCUCAGCUGCAGCCCGGUAGCCACGUCAUUCCAUUCCGGUUCCAAAUACCGCCCACAGUGCCUUCGAGCUUCGGUACAGGGGAUGAUGAUGAAGAGAGAACCAUUUAUUACUUUGUCAAGGCAGUUCUCGAGUACCACUGUGGCCGUGAAAGCGAGGAGUUGGAGAAAGGUUUCGAAGUUGUGGUGCCACUGGAUUUGAACCUUAACCCGGAGAUGCAGGUAGAAAACGAGGUUAUCUUCGAGGAAGCCAUCAGCUCCUGCUUCUGCGGCUCAGGGCUACUGAAGGUGACCGUGACGCUGCCGGCCACCGGCUUCGCCCCUGCCAUGGUGAUGCCUAUUGCUGUCAAAGCUGACAACCAGAGCUCGGUGGAGAUAACCAAGAUUCACUUCGAGUUGGUUCAGAGGGUAAAAUAUUUUAGCACGGACCCACCAUCAAAAAAGGAGGAACCGGAAACCAGGCUCCAGUACUCUAAAACCGGUGCCAUUCCAGCCAAGACGAGGAGGAAGUUCGAACACAACUUCCGGAUACCGGACUUAAUACCGGUUAUCACGCAGAAUUGUAAUACCAUCAAAGUGGGCUACUUUUUUAAGAUGAAAUUAGUCCUCAGCGGCUGCAACGACGAUCUAGAAGACGAAAUGGAAAUUUGUCUCGGCCAAAUUCCCAUACGAGAGAUGAUAGACGGCGACUACGUACAUCCCUUACAAAGUGACUUACCUGCAGGCCCUAUACCCCAUCCAGGGGAACCACCUAUAGAAAUACCCCCUUAUAUAUAUCCGUCACAGACUUUACAAAUUAUUUCUACCUAUACUGUAAGUGCUUAUCCAUAUCCUAAUCAAAAUCAACCUUACCCUGGUGUUAAUCAUAGCACCGGCGCGAACCCACCAUACCAUGGUAGAAUCCCACCUUACCUAGGUGGUAACCCUACUACUGCCCCAAACCCACCUUAUCCAGGUGGUAACCCUAUUGCUACCCCGAACCCACCUUAUCCAGGUGGUAACCCUACUACUACCCCGAACCCACCUUACCCCGGUGGUAACCCUAUUGCUACCCCGAACCCACCUUAUCCUGGCGGCCCUGGACCUAACCCUCCCUAUCCUAGUAACCCUGCCCCUGUGAUAGGGUUUGUGGCGAGUCCAGUGUACCCUCCUGCUACGGGAACCUCUACGCCUUACAAUCCAAGCGCGCCGCCGGAGUAAGUUUUACCUAAUGGUACAGUUGUAACGUCGAGUAAUAUAGGAUUUACAAAACGGGAGUCUUCGAGUCAAAAUAAUUUGAACCUUCUAUAAAGCAAUUAAAUUUCAUAUUUAAAUGACAGCGCCAAUCCUAGCCGUAUCCGCGACAAGAUAAAGAUAAGAUAAAAAAUAGUUUAUUCAAGUAAGCAUAUUACAAUGCGCUUAUGAACGUCAAAUAAAGCUAAACCGGCUCCAACCGUACACCUCUGCCUCGAGAAGAUUUAAAUCCCCCCUCAAUUGGAGGAGGGUAUCCCAAUACGGGACCGGCAACAAACUCGGCGGGACACAUCUUUUCAAAACAUUAUUACAUCUUAUAACGCGACUGUUAC